AUGAACUUGAAGUGGACAGUGAAACGAUUUCUUCUGGUGACGUUUUCAGUCUCCCACUUGCUGUCACUUGAGGGAGCUCCGAGCCGACUUUCUGUGAGAGAGGAAAGACUACAGAGGAGGGCUAAUGCACUUCGGAGGAAACGGGAUCUCCUCGGGGAGGAGACAUACAGGCCGCUGCUGUCGGAGGGUACACUGUCACGCAGCAUUUUACACAACUACACAGCCAGAGAUGCCUCUUCGGAAUAUUGCGGCUGCCUCAAUGGGGGCUGGUGUCAGGAGGGCAGUGUGUGUGACUGCGCUCAGUUCCAGGCACUGGGAGACCGCUGCCAGAUCAUACCUAACCAGGGCCAGGAUAGAGACGGCAUCUGCAGGUCAUGGGGUCAGCACCACUAUGAGACAUUUGAUGGAACAUACUUCUACUUCCCUGGAACCUGCUCCUACAUUCUGGCCCAGGACUGCCACUCAGCUACACCACAGUACACGGUGUGGGUCCACAACAGCAGAGUGUGUGAUGGGAGUGUGUAUUCAUGCCCAAGAGCUCUCACUCUGUUCUUCCCAAACGAGGAGGAGAUCCAUAUCUCUGGAUAUCAGGUCCACCAGGGAGGUCGCAGGCUAAGUCUACCUCAGACUGUAGGCGGUGUGUUUAUUGAGCGACUGGCUGAUUACCUGCUAGUGAAGAGUGUGUUUGGCUUCUCGCUGGCCUGGGACGGAGGCUCAGGGGUCUACCUGAAGAUGAGCGAGGAGCACCAGGGUGCUCCCUGUGGCCUGUGCGGGAACUUCAAUCACCUCGCUGGCGAUGACCUUACCAGCGCUCGGGGAAUCCGCACUGAUGAACCUGCAAUGUUCGCUAACAGCUGGUCAGUGGAUUUGCCUCAUGAGAGAGCCUGUCCCUCUGUAGACAUCGACUUCAAUGGGCCCUGCCAGUCUGAGUCCGACAUGGAUGACGCCAUAGAGAAAUGCAGUGCGCUUCUCUUCCUACCGUUUCUGUCAUGUCAUGAAAACAUUGACCCAAAUCCCUUUGUGGCCAGCUGUGUGUCCGACCUCUGUGUAUCUGAUGAUGAGGAAACAUUUUGUCGAGCCUUGGUGGAGUAUACCCGAGCCUGCUCUCAUGUGGGAUAUCCAGUGAGGGAGUGGAGGGACAGCUUCCCUUCUUGUAAUGAUGGCUGUGAGGAGAGUUUUGUCUAUAGAGACUGCAUCAGUUGCUGUCCACCUACCUGCACAUUCGAGAAAGAGUGUCUGGGAACCAACCUGCAUUGUCUGGACGGCUGCUACUGUCCUGAUGGUCUUAUCCUACAGAAUGGAACAUGUAUCGCAGUUUCUCAGUGUCCAUGUGUUUAUCAUGGAGCAUCAUAUAUACAAGGACAUGUGCUUCAACAGGGCUGCAGUGUUUGUGUCUGCAUGGGAGGAGUGUGGAACUGCACCGAGAACAACUGCACAGCGGAGUGUUCGGUGGUGGGGGACGUGUUCGUGACUACGUUUGAUGGGAGGAUGUUCCUCCAGCCGGGGGCGUGUCAGUACGUCCUGGCGAAGAGCCGCAGCGGCAGCAGAUUCACCGUCACGCUGCAAUACACAACCUGUGCAGAGCAGCAGGUGUGUAUUCAGUCAGUGACAGUGGUGCUGGAUGAAGAUGUGAGUCAUCAGAUCACUUUGACCAGAGAGGCAGAGGUGAUAAUAGGUGUCAACCCGGCGCCUGCCCUGCCGUAUAUUGAUGAUAUGGUGGAGGUCCGGAGGCUGACCUCAGUGUUUACACAGCUGAAAGUAGGGAUCGGUCUGAGGCUACAUUAUGAUGGUAGAGGGGGGCAGGUCUACCUGCAGCUGGACAGCCAAUGGCGUGGACAGACAUUGGGCCUCUGUGGAACCUUCAAUGGAAAUCUACGAGAUGACUUUCUUUCUCCCGCAGGCAUGAUAGAGGGCACUCCCCAGCUUCAUGCCAAUGUUUGGAAGGUGUCAUCUGCUUGUGUUGCGCCCGUUAACCUGCCAAUUAUAGAUCCCUGUGAGAUGAACCAGCACAAUGUUUUCUAUGCAGCCCAGUGUGAGGAGCUCUUGGGGAGUGUAUUUGCUCCGUGUCAUGGUUACAUCAGUCCAAACGUCUACCAGCAGCAGUGCCGCUACCAGGCCUGUCGCUGUGGGAGCAGCUGUCUGUGCACGGCGCUGGCUCACUACGCUUACCUCUGCUCCAAACAUGGAGUCAACCUAAACUUCAGAUCACAUGUCUCUGAAUGUGGGGUGGUGUGCCUCGGCGGCAUGCAGUACCAUUCCUGUGCGUCGUCCUGUGGGCGGUCGUGUCGGGCUCUGUCGAGCACAGAGACAUGUCACCCUGACGACUGCGCCGAGGGGUGCGGCUGUCCAGACGGCAGCUUUUAUGACGAUGUGCGCCAGCGCUGUGUGCAACUGUCUCAGUGUCAUUGUUACUCAAUGGGCGGGGUGUCACAGCCAGGAGAGGUGACCUUCAGCGCCUCGGGCCCCUGCCAGUGCAGAAAUGGGAAGAUGGAGUGUGUGCCAGAGGAAAAAGAGCCUGAUAGUGUGGAGGUCGGCGAUUGUCCAGAAGGGAAAGUGUACCACAGCUGCACCGAGCAGAGAGGGGGCGUGGCCUGUGCACCGACCUGCCGUAACCUGAUGUUGAACCUCACAUGCCCUCCCAACACACCAUGCAUCCCUGGCUGUGUCUGUCCUCCUGGGCUGGUGCUGCACCAUGGGGGGUGUUACUAUCCAGAGAACUGCCCCUGUGCCUGGCUGGGCCUUGAGUACCUGCCUGGAGAGACUGUGGAAACACCAUGUUACAAAUGUGUGUGUCACCGCGGCUAUUUCAACUGCAGCUACUCCCCAUGUCCAGCUGUGUGUACAGUCUACAGCGACAGACACUACCACACCUUCGAUGGCCUUGAGUACGACUACUACUCGGACUGUCAGGUCUAUCUGCUUAAAAGUGCAGGAGAAACCGAGGUGUCCAUAGUUGCCCAAAACAAGGACUGCUAUGAGAGCGGCAUUGUGUGCAUGAAAAUACUGGUCAUUCACGUGGGACUUACCAAAAUCUACUUCACUGACAACUCCGGCAACCCUAGUCCGUCCACUGUUGUGGGCCGAGGGUCAGAGUUUGAGUUGUUGAAAGUCGGCUACUACACCGUGGUGCAGUUUUCCAACCAGGACUUGACCAUCCUCUGGGACCGCAAGACGACUGUGCACAUCAGAGCUGGACCUCAGUGGAAGGGGCUCCUCAGCGGACUGUGUGGAAAUUUUGACAGCGUGACAGUGAACGAUAUGACCACCUCCAGCCACAUGGAAGUCAAUAAUGCGCAGACCUUUGGAGACAGCUGGGCCCUGGGACAGUGUGAAAGUGACCAUGUAGUUGAGCGACCGUGUGAAGGGGACUUGGGGAGACAGCCAUACGCCAAGAGGGAGUGUGCUCUCCUCUACAGCGAUGUCUUUGCACCCUGUCACAACGUGGUGGAUGUGGCCUGGUUCUAUAGGAACUGCCUGACAGACACUUGCAAUUGUAACCGCGGGGGGGAUUGUGAGUGUCUCUGUACAUCCAUCGCUGCGUACGCUCACAAAUGCUGUCAACAAGGCGUCACAAUACACUGGCGAUCUCCUUCUGUUUGUCCCUAUGAUUGUGAAUAUUAUAAUCAAGAACUCGGCAAUGGUCCAUUUUCUUUGGUGAGUGCCGUCUAUAACGACACCAUGUUUGGAGUGAAUCGCACCAGCAGCUCUGUGUUUCCUCUGGUAAUAGAGAGAUUGGGGCGGUUGCCUGCCCCAGGCCUACUGUUCAACUUCAUGAUCACAGCAGGCCUGCAGAAGGAGAGAACAUCACGGGUCCCUGUGGUGUCACUUGAGUCUGCAGAGAGACCCAACUAUUUCCUGGCUGUGUCCGGGCGCAGCCGUCUUCAGCUGGAGCACUGGAGUCGAGGGGAAGAGUUUAGUCGCCGGGCAACCUUCAUCCAGCACCAGGGGCUGUUUCUGCCAGGUCACACCUCUUUCGAGCUUGUCGGCCAACCAGGAAUCUUUCUGACGCUGACACGCACUUCUGCACGAGCCCAGAGAUAUGACACCUCAGAGGGCUUCAAAUCUGGAAGCAGCUUCACGCUGGAGGAGAGCAGUUUGGUGAUACCUUACCGGAUGAUGUGCGAGUGGCGUUACCAGGCCUGUGCGAGCCCCUGUGUCCACACGUGCAGUGACCCCGAUGCCACACGCUGCCAGUUCCUGCCUCCUGUGGAGGGCUGCUUCCCACGUUGUCCGAAGAACAUGGUGCUUGAUGAAGUAACAAGAAGAUGUGUCUACACAGAAGACUGUGUGUCCUUACCUCCGACUCCCACACCCUUUGCAUUUGUGACGCAGUCCAACAAAACUACUACACCUGCAACUCCAUCCACAACCACCACAACUACCACAACCACAAGGCCAACAACUAUCACAACCACAACUCCCCCUACCACCACCUCAACAACAACCACCACCACCACCACUACAGCCACCAGAGCAACAACUACCUCCUCCACUACUGUCAGGCCCAUGACAUCCACAAUCACCACCACUACUCCCAGUACAACAUCAUCCACCGAGCGUGUCACCACUCCAUCUGCACCUCCUCCUGCUCCUCCCAUCACUCUUACUCCCUCAUCACCUCCAGAGACAACCACUCUCAUCAUGACUGAAGUGACCCCUCCUCAAACCACAGCGACCACUCCUAUGAUCACCACGGCAACGCCCACCACUGUACCCACUGAGGCCACCACAAUCUCUGUGACUUCUUCUCCUCCGCCCCCUACUACCAUCGCUUCAACCACCUCCAGUCCUACUACCAUUAGUACACCAGCAUUAACCCCUCCCAUAACCUCCACCCGACCUCCUCUAACCUCACCCACCACAGCUGUCACAACGGCCCCCACCUCCACCAUUUCAGUCCUCGAAACCACCAGUGAAACUGUGACCACUCCCCAAACUACACCAACAGACUCAACCAUCAUCACAGAGACCCCAACCCCAGCAGAAACCACCACAGUAGCCGUGACGACCACAGUAACUCUCCCUACACCUGUAGAGCCCACUUCUGAGCAGGUGACCACAGAAAUAGUGACAAGUCCUAGGACCUCUCCUGUGACAGAAGAAGGAUCGACCAGACCUCCAUUCGUUUUCCCCACAGCCCCCUGCACACCGCCAUACUCCUACCGCAUUGACGAGUGUGCAGAGCUGAUCUGUUUCAAUGGAGAGCUGCUGCUUCACAACUCGUCUCUCCAUUGUCGCUACAACACCACCCAGCCCCAGUGCAGCCUGCUGGGCCUGCCCAUCCUCACCAACACGGACCCCUGCUGCCCACUGUGGCAGUGUCCCUGUCGCUGCACGGUGAUGUCAGACCUGCGUGUGAUCACCUUCGACGGCAACAAUGUUGCCUUGUAUGACAAUGGCUCCUACAUCCUUGUCAAACUGCCCAUGGAGACCAUUAUUGGAACUGUGGAGAAAUGUCCGACCAGCCAGAGUGUGAACUCCAUCAGACGAAUUAGUUCAACAGGUGGAACAUCUGGUCUUUGUUUCAAGAAGCUGAACAUCACAACCUCCUCCCACAGGAUCAUUAUCAACCGACUGGAACGCAAAGUGACCGUGAACUACAGACCUGUCAAACUCCCGUUUUCCCGUCACUCCCUGUAUGUGGAAGACACAGGCAGCAUGUAUCUGAUCCAUUCACCUGGUGGGGUCAGCAUACAGUGGUAUCACAGCACUGGGAUCAUGGUGCUGCAGUACAGUACCCCUUAUAAUGCAUCUAUGCCAACUCGAGGCCUGUGCGGUUGUUGUGAUGGGAACCCUGAAGACGACUUGAAGCUGCCCAACGGCACCGUGGUCCGAGAGGUGGGAGACAUGAUGCUCUUCCUGCAGGGAUGGAGAGUGCAAACCACCGAUGAAACCGAACACGCACGCAGGGUCGGAGACAACUGCACCACCGGGGAUUGCUCCACCUGUCUCUCCAUGCUGCGUCAGAGAGCCUUCAUGCCAUGCCACAACAAGGUGCCUCCGGAGCAGUUCUGUGACAUCAUGUGGGCAGGAGACCUGCACUACAAAGAUCACCAGUGUGACUUUCUGGCGGCGUACGUGGCCGUCUGCUACACACAUCAAGUCUGCAUCAGCUGGAGACGACACAAUUUCUGCCCGCUGCGAUGUCCUCCUGGUAAGGAGUAUCAGCCGUGUGUGAGCACCUGCACCAGCCGCACCUGUGUGAACAGAGACUACUACGAGGAGACCACCUGCUCCUUUGUCAGAGAGGAGUGUGUUUGUCGCAGUGGAACCAUCCUGCACCGUGCUGACUCCCCGUACUGUGUAACUGAGGAUCGCUGUGUGUGCACAGAUAAUGAGGGCAACCCCCGGUCCCCGGGCGAGGUGUGGAACGGCUCUGCUCGCGGCUGCUGUCUGUACACAUGUGUGGAGAAUGGCUCUGUGGUGGCUGUUGAACCAGACUGUAACACUGUCCUGACACCACUGUGUGAGAGGGAGGGAGAGUAUGUGCUGGAUGUACUGGAGGAAGGAGCCUGCUGUCCCAAGAAGAUCUGCGAGUGCAACAUGACCAUCUGUGACAGUGAAGCUCCACCCUGUGAUAACGGGAACAGGCUCGUGAUUGGUUACAGCGCUCUGUCCUGCUGCCCCGAGUACAGAUGUGAGUGUGACCCCAUGGCGUGCCCCCCCGUCUCGCCCCCCAACUGCAGAGAAGAUCAGUUCCUCGUGGAGGUCAGGGGGCAGAACUCCUGCUGCUACUCUUUCCUGUGUGUGUGUGAGUCGUGUAUUGAACCCAUUCCAACUUGCUCAAACGGGGAAAUUCUGGCUGUGGAUCUAAACACCACCAACAGCUGCUGUCCACACUACCACUGUGUGUGUGACGUCAACCUGUGUCCUGAAUCAUCCAUGAGCUGUGCACCUGGUCUCUCUCUGGUUCAAACUACUCUCUCCGGGCUUUGCUGUCCACAGCAUCACUGCGAAUGCCAAUGUGAGGACAGCUCUCUCCCCAUCUGUCAGGUGGGAGAGGUGCUGGUUGAUGUUCCAGAAGGCAACUCUAACUGCGGCUGUCCUCAACACAUAUGCCAGAAGGCAGAAGUGUGUCUUUUCCAAGGGUUGACAGUGUUGAGCCCAGGCCAGUCUCUGGUUCAGUACUUUGAGGGCGAGCUGUGUUACACCAUCCACUGCCUGCGUCACAGAGAUCCGGACUCAGGCUUCUACGCUAUGGAAAUCACCUCAGUCAACUGUUCCCAGAAAUGUGGUCCACACCAGGUGUACGCCCCGUCCUCAGAUCCUCAGGUGUGCUGCGGCUCCUGCAAAAAUGUCUCCUGCACUUUCGCCAAUGAAAACGGCACAACAGAGCUUUUCGCUGCAGGGAGUACCUGGGUGGAGAACUGUACACGUUACGACUGCAUGGAGACUGCAGUGGGAGCAGUGACCCUGGGCUCUGGGGUGGUCUGUCCGCCAUUCAAUGACACAGAAUGUAUUCAGAAUGGCGGUAUGGUACAGAGCUACGUGGACGGCUGCUGCAGGAUAUGUAAAGAGGAUGGUAAGACGUGCAAACGCGUGGCCAUCCGGACGACCAUUAGAAAAGACGACUGCAGGAGCAAUACACCGGUCACAGUGUAUUCCUGCGACGGGAAAUGUCCGUCCGCCACCAUAUUCAACUUUAACAUCAACAGCCACGCCAGGUUCUGUAAGUGCUGCCGCGAGAGUGGACUACAGACGCGUUCCGUCUCGCUCUACUGCUCUCGCAACGCCACGCUCGUGGAGUACCACUUCCAGGAGCCUGUGGACUGUUCCUGCCAAUGGCACUGA